AUACUCUAUUUGAUAUUCGCUGUUGGAGCUCAUCAGAUGAUUUCUAUGUCUAUGAUGAAUAUCAAAUAUUCAUUAUUAUGAAUCAGUGCUUAUUUUUAUAACCAUCUAUGCAGUGUGCUAUUUGUAAAUGACAUGACUAUCUGAUCUGCAAUUUUCAUGGGGACCUCUUGUAAUGUCAUUGACUUGCUGCAGUUGCAUUUGCAUACUUCGAUUUUGGGUUUUUGCGUGUUGGACGCUUCUUGUCUUUGGAUAGCUAGCUGCAUUAGCUUAAUAACUAUGCAGAGUACAACUUGAAUAUUAUGGCAAUAGAGCUGCAGAGCUGCUUAUUCUGAUUUCUAAUUUCGUCAUGCGAAUAGUUUUUGGGUGUUUCUUAAUCUUAUGGUUUGUUAUUUUCUGUUAUAUGCCAUGCUGUAAUGUCCAGGUUUCAUCAUUUAACUGAUGCUGCUUCAUUUUCAUGUUAGGUAUUAUUGGAAAUUGAGGUUAAUGGUUCUUUAUUUCUCAUUUAUCAGCUUCCAAACAACCACAAAUUGUAAAACAAACCACCAAAGUGGAGUAUAAUGUAGCAAUUGUUGCUGAGGCUCUAAGUUAUGCUCCUCAUUUGGGUCCAGUGGUUCACCAAAUUUUGGCAGUUGGGAAAGUUGUUCAUAUUUUUCAUUUUGGUAGAAUUUUUUCUUUAAAAAAAAAAAAUUCUUUUG